AUGUACGCUAAGCCAUACACUGCUAGGAUUGAUAACUUUAAAAUUCCUGCUGGUUAUCAACCUUCCAAAUUUCAAAAAUUUGAGGGAAAAGGAAAUCCGAAACGACAUGUCUCGCACUUCGUGGAGACAUGUAAUAAUGCUGGAACAUAUGGAGACUAUCUUGUAAAACAGUUUUUCCUCUCUCUAAAAGGAAAUGCCUUUGAUUGGUACACGGAUCUCGAACCUAACUCUAUUGAUAGUUGGGAGCAACUAGAACAUGAGUUUCUCAAUCGCUUCCAUAGCAUAAGGCGCACGGUGAGCAUGGUAGAACUCACGAAUACUCGCCAAAGGAAGGACGAACCGGUCAUAGAUUUCAUAAAUCGAUGGAGGAAUGCAAUCCUAAAUUGCAAGGACAGGCUUAGUGAAGCUUCUGCAAUCGAAAUGUGUAUUCAAGGAAUGCACUGGGAGCUUCUUUACAUCUUGCAAGGAAUAAAACCAAAAUCUUUCGAGGAUUUAGCUACUCGCGCUCAUGAUAUGGAGUUGAGCAUGUCAUCUGCCGGAAAAGAUAUGAGUAUUGUCCAUGAUCCUCGCAAAGGAAGGGACAAGCAGGAACCCAAGAGAUGGAGCAAGUUUCUGCCCAGAAAUGACAACAAAGAAUCCAUGAGUGUAAAUGUAUCACCCGCAAAGUUCACCACGAAUGAGGGCGUAAAACAAAAUGUGAGAACGACUUUCCAAGCACGUUCAAAUCAAAAGUCGACGUUAAGCGAGAUGCAAGGGAAAAAGUAUCCCUUCUUGGAUUCUGACGUUUCUAAAAUUUUUGAUGAAUUGCUUGAGUUAAAGCUCAUUGACUUGCCAGAGAUGAAGCGACCCGAUGAAGCUGGAAAAACUGAUGACCCAAAUUAUUGCAAGUAUCACAGACUUGUGAGUCAUCCUCUCGAAAAAUGUUUUGUCUUUAAGGAUAGAGUGAUGCGAUUGGUGAACGAAAAUAAAAUUAUCCUUGAUGAUGAGAAGGCUAGUUCUAACCAGAUCUCUAUCACGUUUGGGUCAUUGGAUCCGAUCCAAAUGUAUAUCUCUGAAAAGCAUGAAGAAAAAAUCCAGUAG